CUGCAACGAAAACACGCUCGCAGACGGCAAGAUGGCGACCGCCUCACCCGACGAGGGUCGAAGUCCCGGUGUCAACGUCACCCCCUCGCGUUCUCACGCAACGAGGACGUCAACGAACCAGGCGUCCAAGUCCGCGACGCCCUGAGCCCCAAAAAAAGCUGGACUCGCAGAAGAUCAUCUGCUAUGGCUCGACGACGCAACAGCGAAGUCUUGUGGUCUAUGAUGACGCGGGUCAAGUGCCCGCACGGGAUGAGCGGCAGAAGAUCGUCUGCUUGCAACGGGUCGGUGCCUUCUGGGAGACGACGUGGAAGCACGACCUUGUCACCGACGCGGGCGCGCGUGUACCUGGUGAUCGCGGCGGUUGCACCCGGGUUGGCGUUCGGGGUGUUCGUUGAGGUCGGGAACGCGGCUGCUGCCGUUUCGGCAGGUGCAGUGGUACCGUCCUUGCUUGUGGCUGCUGUUGCAUCGCUUUUGGCGGGCCUAUGUCUGAUCGAGCUGGUGACGUCCCAGAAGCCCUGUCCAGACUCCUUGUACUCGUGCCUCUACCAAUGGGCCGGAGAGGCAGCUGCGUUCACCGUCGGGUGGCUAUCCCUGCUCCACCAAGGCGCCGCGGUCGCUGCCGUCGCUCGCCUACAGAGCGCCACCAUCGACUCCUUGGCCGGCGGAGCUCUGGCUACCCUAUGGCAACAGGCCCUCGGUUCGCCCUGGGAUCCUCUAGCCCUGGCGCUAGGCUUAGCCGCUGCCCUAGCGGCGGCGGCUCCCCUGGGAAAAGCGCUAACGUCCGGCAGAGACUCCAGCUGGCUCGGAGGUGUUCUCAUAGCUGUGUCGGCGGCGGCUGCAUUGUUCUUCGUCACGAUGGGUUCAGUGGGUGCAACGGCGCCGCCGGGAAAUUCGUGGAGUCUUGCCAUGCUGAUGUUCAGCGAUAGCGCGCCUACAGGGCUCCUGUCGGGUGCCGCCUUGUGCAUGUAUGCCUUCAUCGGUCCCCACAGUGCUGUGCAGCGCGCUCCGGACAGUCCACAGCCAGCCCGAGACCUUCCACUCGCCGUGGGCGUCAGCACAGCGCUCACCUUCCUGCUCACUUUCGCCAUGGCCGUUGUGGCUACCCUGCAGUCCCGCCACGACACAGCGCGUCCACUGGCCGCUAUGCUCGCCUCCUGCUCCACGGACUGGGCGGGCACCGUCAUGGCGGCUGCCACGAUAGUAGGCCUAGCGACGUUAGCCUUGUACGGCUUGUUUCCACUCGGCGGUGCAGUCCGAUCACUCGCUGCCGACGGAUUGCUCUUCCGCAGCCUCGCGCGUGUGUCAGAGCGCACCGGAACGCCGGUCGGGUCCAUACUGGCGUCCGGGGUCCUCGCUUCAGUCGCCGCUCUUGUCGGACACAUUCCAAGGCUGUUAGGCCUAAUGGCGGCCGGUCCGCUAGUUCUCAAUACGAUUGUGUGUUUCGCAGUCCUCGUGACGAGGUAUCAUCCGCCCAGCAGAACACUGUACGGACUGUUGAGUGCUGGCGUGGAGAAGAAGACAUCGAAGGUCCAGGAGAGUUCCAGGACCGUAUCGGAAGAUGCCAGUUCAGAGCUAUCUUCCUCAUCCGACGACGACGACGACGAAGACAUCGACUCUAUCGUCCGAGACUACAAGGAGAGACUCCGCGUCGCUGCGCUCACGGACAUGGACGGCGGCGUGCUCAAAGAUCCCACAAGCGUCACAGCGAGGCGCGCAGAUCUGGCCGUAAUGGGACUGCUCGUAACACUCGUUCUGUUAGCAACGACCAUGGAAGUAGGUUCUAGAACUGUGGCCAGUGCUUCCCACCUUGGCUGUGCAAUCGUGUCGACGGUCAGCGCAGUAGCCGUCGGAGCUCUUCUGGUUGUGUUGUCCAGGUUACCGCAGGGGACUGGCAUGGGGACGGGGUACACAUUCCGGGUACCCAUGGUGCCAUGGUUGCCUGCUAUUGGGGCCUUCCUCAACGUGUGUUUAUUGGUGGACCUGCUUGUGUCCACCUGGACUGUCUUCCUAGGAUGGCUCGUACUGGGUACGGCCGUGUACUUCCUGUAUGGCAUCCACAGUUCAACGGCUGCCAGUGACUUCUCCCUACUGCCCAGUCCAACGACGCCCGUUCCGACAUCGCCCAAAAUAUCUCUGCAGCCGCUGCCUCCUCCAGCCAAUAACAUUGUGUCCCACAUCGUACCGUCGCAUCGAGGUCACCCCCGUAGCCAGCGACGGCUUGCCGAACUCGACACGGUCUUCAUUCAGCACUGACCAACAACUCGCACAAUGUUCCAGGAGGCAGCAGACGCGCCGGCAGCAAUACAACGACAACGUUAGUUACUGCGCAUGCACUUUGCAUACUAUUCGUUAUGCCCAAAGCUUCUUUGCUGUUCUGUUCCAAUCCGUAUACCUUCCAUCCUGCCUACCGUCCACAAGAGGCAAGGCGAAAACUAGCAACGAGUCUACGAGUAUACAUAGAGCCCCGUGCUUUAGGGAAAAACCCGUUUUUACAGCCCCCUCCCACCGAUUUCCACCAUAACCGGAAAAUACCAUAAAAAACAGGAAAACUAACUUGGCCAAUUCAGCCACCACUACGGGCACUGCUGCAUGGCUGAGCAGUGCGCAUUCAGCAUGGCUGUUCCGUAUCUUGUGUUCAUCUAAAGUGCGAGAAGCGCUCUUUGUUCUAUUUUCAACCCGAAAAUCUGCUUUUCCGCCAGGAAUCGCCCGAUUUUACAGCUCCCGAAAUAAAACCCGAUUUUUACCCCCCCCCCCCCCCGUGAUUUUCAAAAACAAAACAAAAAAACCGAAAGCACAGGGCCCUAAGUAUAAAUCACAUCAUACUCUCCACCACUGGAGAAACGAACGAAUGUUUCGUUGUAUUGGGUAUCGAAAGUCGAUAAGAAAAGGUAACGAACAUCAAUAGAGUGAAACCCCCGAUUAUGCGAUUUCUCCACCCAGUGUUUGUUUUUGUGCUCGGUUUCUGGAGUGAGGUGUAGUACUUUUCCGCUUCAUAUGUUAAUACGGAAGACUCCGUUAUACUUCGUCCCGGCCACGACCUACUAGACUAUAUCGACCAUGUCAUACGGACUUCUUCCCAGCGCCGCAUUUGGAGACUAGCGGUCUACUCAUCGGCGCGGCUGUUGCUUCCCCAAUUUCUACAGUGCUCUGUACUUUAUCGUGUAUUCGCACGAGCGACAUUCCCCGCAGAAGCGGAAGACGCGAAAAACGUCAUAGCUUUCUGAGCGCCACAAGGUAUUCCCUAGCAGACGACAAGAAAGACGCUGACGGUGUCGUCUGCGAAGUGUCGUCUGCUAAGUGUCGUCUGCUAAGUGCGCAGUACGCCACUCCCAAUAUUCCGCUCCGUGUGAAUGCUCAACAUAACGCGGGACGGAACUUCGUCUCUGUAAGCAGUGUUUUUGCAUUUUCUUCCCCUAGAAUCUUCCGUGAGGAUGUCGAGUGUGAAUACACAGUGAGCUUACCUUAGCAUUUUUGUACAGGCGGUGAAUGUCCCACGAGAGAUGCUUCCUUCUAAAGUUGAUUAUCAUCAUCAUCCUACGCCUUUUUCAUAGGAACUGUUGCUGUCGUCUGCUACGGUAAUCGUGCGUCAGCUUCUGCGCGUUCAAAAUUCAAAUUUCCAUCGUCCAAUCAUGAUGCGAGGUCUCGCGGGCCGAUGAGUAGCGCCCCUAGCGUAUCGUGCGGACGGGCUCCUCAUUGGGUUUGUCGAUUAUGACGUAGUCGAUAUAAUCUAGUAGGUCGUGGUCCCGGCACAACUGUGUCAUCGAAGUUGAAAUCCGGUUCACCGGUUUCCGUGGCAAAGUGAUGCAGAAGGAAAACAGUGAACGAACCGUUUUUGUAAAGUUCAUAAAUCCCCGAUUCCCCGGACAUUUCGAGCACACAUUACGCAGUCGAUUUUGUUACAAUAGCGAUACCAUGUUGCAUCGAGAGUUGCCGAGAGAAGAAAUACUGGAAAGGUGAUACUCCGCUUAGAACGAUAGUUUCGGAUGUUUGCUUACAAGGACACCUUCGGAUGAAACAUUCCGCUUAUAGCGAUAUCUUUUUUUUCUUUAGAGUCAUAAUACUGUAUAGUUAUCAUUACCCUGUGUUUUCAAAACUCGAGGACGUUAGAAGUUCCGACACAUGCCUCUAUUUGUUUCAUCCUGAACUACACAUAGAGACGUUCAUGUACGGACAUCAUUACCCCUUCACUGCACUUUGUUAGCUAUUGUGUGCCGUUAAUUAAUCUCUCCUUGUAGGCACGGAGUCACAGGGAUACCACGGUGUAACUAAUCCCGCGUUAUAUACGGAAUGAACGCGAAACUGCACAGUUAUAUACUAUACUGUUAUAGGUUGGCUCACCUUACAUGUAAAUCUUGUCCCAACUAGUAUUUACAAUAUACUGUUGUUUGCACGCGUUCAAUACUGGGGGAUGAAAGGAGACACCUCUUGUUGAUGUUGGAGUACUAAGUGCCUGCACAAAAUGCUUCAAAUCCACCAAUCAGAACUAUGGGACAUAGCAAAAAAAAAACAAUCAGGACCACGAAAUCAUGAGCUGUACGGAGCAUGACCAGUAUAAACAAGCAGGCAUCAGAACCACCUGUAAAAACCAUCAGAUGUUGCAGUGCUGCACAUAAAAAUCUCAAGAUGUCAAUGUGCAGCACGUACAAAGUUGUUUAAAGUUCAUGUUAGUGCACUUGCUUGCUGAUGUAUUUCAUCUCUAGACAAUCACUGACUUCGUUAAUCUGCAGUUCUGUGCGCUUUGCAAAGCUGAUAUCUUCCACUGUAACUGGUUACAUCAACAUAUCACUUCUAUUGUAUUAUGUACAUAGUUCCUACGUUUUCUCGCUCAGAGUUGUUGACGGUUGUGUACAUAAUAUGACGGAUUAAUAUGAUAGUUGACGUUACAAUAUUACGAAGCGUAAAGUGAUUGUAAGCAAUACAGAGAAUGACUCGAAACAAGUACACUGCUACUCCAAUACCGUGCAGUUGAAGGAGCACGUAGAGCCGGGAGCAUGGGAGAUAGGAACAUGCGCUCCGUACAUUCCAUUCCUAAUGUGUUGGACAUAAUCCAUAUAUGUACCAUUCUAUGUGAGUGAGCACCCGAUGUGGUGUGUCAGCCAACACAAAAUGUGUGUUUAAGUCAAUCACUAAAAGAAUAAAGGUCAUCAGCGACAAAAGCAAUAAGCCCGAGAGAAGUAGUCGCUGUAGGAAGUACAAAAUAUUGGCCUUGUGGAAACAGUGUCGCAAAUUCUACACGUUGGAUCUCCAGUCAAACCCAAACAUUGUAGCAGUAGCAUCGCUAGGGAACGCAUCACUAAAGAUGAGUGCAAGUGUGGGUUUUAGCCAACACACAGCCGACCUCCUUUGUCUUAAGACACACCAUUAUGCGGCUGAAAUGCCGUUUUGUCGCCGUACUUGACGAGCAGUGCGUAGUUUGGUGGCGACUACAACGCGGUGUUGCCCAUAAUUUUCAAUUUUAAUCUUAAAAAAAACUAUAAGAGCAAUUGUAAAGAAAAGAGUACUGCGGGCUCAGUCUAUAGAAUAUACAAAUUUUCUGACAUUGCACACCCAGAAAAAAAAAACAUGACGUGCUCGCAGAAGGCGCCUCGCGUAGCUUUUGCGGCAUCGCACCUCGGAAAAAGUGAGGAAGCCUCGCUACUGGUGCAACGCAUCACCCCCUUUGGUCGCAUCACCCGGUGGAGGGACCGCACCUCUCGCCCCCCCCCCCCCCCCCCCCCAGUGACAUCGCUGCAUUGUAGAACCGUGUUCCAGUAAAGCGCUUACAGAAACUCCAGAAACGUGCCCUAAGACAAAGGUUCCUACAUCAGGAUUUACUGCAACAGGGUUAUACGACCGUGUCAACAUUCCAUUCCGACGAUGACUACAAUCCGCGACUGCUAGAGGUCAACCAGCCGUGCGACGUCGACGUUACGGUUAUCCCCGCAAACGGCAAUACUGCCAUUCUUUUGCUUCCAGUUAAAUUUUUGCGCAGAUAAUGAUAACGAUGAGAGUAAGGGUAUUUCAAUUACUUCAAAGUGACACGCUGACAUAUCCAAGGGUUGCAGACGACACCCCCGAUAAAAAGGAUCUGCGCUUAGAAGCUUCUCGACGUCGUGGGUCUUUAUUCCCUCUCCCAAACACUGUCAGUAAGCAAACUGCUAGAUCCAAUACACUGCAUGUGAGGUUACAAAAGGAUACCAUUCCAACAGAUCGGUUGUAUACCUGUGUCAAUCGAAAGCAUUCAGCCUUAUAACAGUGACUUGCAGAACACAUUCAUGUACAUAAUAAUGUAGCUUCCAGCCAGUAUUACAAAUACAAGUGUACUUGUAAGAUGAAGAUUUUUAACUUUUGCCACUCCAGUUUCUGUACAAGUGAGCAAUUUUGUGUAACAGGGCCGCGUAAAUUUUGUGAUUUUUUUUUAGAAUCACGUUAAAUAUCGCAGUUUUCAAAUUUGAACGCCGAUAACAAGUAUGUACAUACGGUGAAACACAGCUGAUUCAAAAUCAUGCUGACCUCGAAGAUUUAUUUUGAUUUCAGUGUGAUUACAUAUAGAUUCGGGUUCAGUUAGAUUCUGUACAUAUUUUUGGUGUGGUGUAACAAUAAAUGAUAGUUGGACUGUGAGGCAGUGUAAGUAAACCAGUCUCCAAUAUUACAGAUUACUGUAUUAGCACAUAAGUGUUACAAGGUAAACACAAGUAAACGUGUUUACCUAAUACAUAUUGCCACAAUGUUCCCCAAUUGAAAACCCCGCAUAAGUAUAUCCAUACUAUUUUGUUCCACAUUCGACUUCAAAUGAAGUCAAGCACUUCACCGGCUUUUGUUUCACUGUAUUUCCUUCAUACUUUAAACAUUUGCGAAGUCUCAAUGUAUAGUGAAGCUGAUGUGUGGUUAAUUAAUUAAUGUGACAUGUGUGAUUAACGAGGUUGCUACAGCAACGUGUACAGAAACAGACACGGAACAAUUUCGUCCAGUUGUUUAGUGCAAGUUUUGUGGUACACACCAUUCUGUAAUUAACUGUGAAGUGGAUACUGUCAGUGAAGACUACCUGUGUAGAACUAUAAGUGCUACAACUAUUGAAGUGCAUUUCUUGGGUUCUGUUACAUUGCUGUACUUUCUAGUGCGUGUAUAAUAUCACAGUUCUUUUUAGAUGUUUUUUCACUCGUGAUUUUUGUAUGUUUCACGUGCACUUAUAACACUAUUGCAAACAUGUGAGGAUAAGCACAGUGUAAUAAUCACAUUUCUUCAACUUGAACAACGAAAAUGUUCCUUUGCCUUUAUCAAUUUCUGCAGACAUUGGCAACGUUGGCUCAAUUUCGGCUCAACGUUGUAGACGUCUUAAGUAUCGACUCUUGAGACAUUACGAAGACGCUCGUCAAAUGUGUUGGCACGUGUGUGUGUGUGUGCAUGUUUUUAUUGCCUUCUCUGUCUCAAAUAUCGAUGUGAUUAUUGUGUGCCAUACACAAAUAUACUAGAAUGGUUGUGUAAAGCAUUGUCACCCGUUGCCAUGACAAUGAAUCUAGUGGCACUGGCCCCUCAAAGUACAGCAAAGUGUGUUAGGAACCCCUUGCUCACUGUCUGAAGCUCUAGUGCAUGUGAUGAGUCUGUUAGUACGAUCCACAUUCAUGAAUCAGGGUGAAUGUGAGUAAUAAUAAAAAUCAAUCCAUCCCUCAA